AUGAUUUCACAUAUAUAUAAAUUAAUUUUUAAGUUAUUUUAUUUUUUAUUGUGUAUUUAUAUUUUGUUCCAUUGUUUGAAUACAUUCAUCAUAACUUUUAAUGUCAAUGUCGAAGGAAUAAAGUUAAGCAAUCGGAUGAAAAGAGGAAAUAUAUUAAAGGGAUGUUUUCCAAUAAAUCAAAGUUUAAAUAAACAUUAUGUGUUAAAAUUAUUCAUUAAAAAUGAUGGGGAGAUAUAUAAGUAUAUAGGAGGAAAUAAAGAAAAAAGUAAAAUGAGAAAAAAUAAUAAAGGAGGUAGAGUUAAUAUUAGAAGGUAUGGUAAAGAUUCUAGGAAUCCUCAUUUGGCAUAUGAAUAUAUAAAUAAGAUUAUUGAAAAUAAAAAAUAUGAAAUUACAAAAUUGUUAGAAGAAAAUUGUGAUGAAAAUAAUCCAUUACAAAUAAGAAUGAAAUAUUUACAACAUACUAUGAAUAAUAAAUUAUCAGAAUGUUUAAAAAGAUAUAAUACUGAUGAGAAGCAUAGAUUAUCAUUCAUUGCUGAUAUGAAGAGGAAGAUUUUUUGUAGCAUUGAAAAAGAAAAGAAUGAUAAAAAUGAGAAUAAUUCAAAAAGUAAUAAUAUAAAAGAAGGAUUAUAUAACCAUAUGGAUGUAGGAUAUGAUAAUUUUGAAAAUGAGAAAUAUAGAUAUGAAGACAUAUUAAAGAAUAAAAACAAAUUAGAUGAUAUUGAUAUAAUGAAUGAUAAAGAAGACAAAAAAAAAAAAAAAAAAAAUAAUUAUAUAUAUCAACAUGAUUUUUUAAAUCUAAGUAAUCCAGGUAAUGUUAGUUUAUUAUUACAUGAAAUAGGAUUUGAUGUAUUAAUAGUUAAUAUUGAUGAAUUAUCAACUCAAGGAAAUAUAAAUGAUUUAAAGGAUAUAGUAAAAUACACAAGAACAUUACCAAGAAAUAAAAGACCAGCAGUUGUUGUUGAUGAUAUAAUUAUUCAUCCAAUACAAAUAGCAUUAGCUGUAGAAAAUCAAGCAGAUGGUGUAAUAUUAAAUUUAUCAUAUUUAAAAAAUGAUAUGGAAGAAAUGUUACAAUAUUGUGUUAAUGUUGGUACUCAAGCCAUUGUCGAAGUACAUGAUUAUAAUGAUAUAUAUUUUGCUACGCAAUGUGGAGCUUAUAUACUUAUGAUUAAUGAAUAUGAUUUUUAUAAUAAUAUAUAUGAAUAUAAUCAUGCUAUUAAAGCUAUUAAUUAUACUAUUCCUGAAAUUAUUACAAUUGCUAAAGUUAAUACUAAUGAUGUAAAUUAUAUAGAAAAAUUAGGAAGCUUGGGAUAUGAUAGUAUAUGUUUAGAAAAAAAAUUAAUUGAUGAUGACCUCCAACAAUUUGUUACUACAUGUAAAGCAUGGAGUGCUCCUCAUAAAACCUUACUAUAUCUUAAUAGAAAUAAUUAUCUUAAAGAAUUUCUAACAUAUGAUAAAUCUGGACAAACAAAUCAAAACCAUAAGGAUAUUACAGAAAAUUUAAAGAACUUAUAUGACGAUAAAAAUAUUUCAAAUAAUUAUUCGCACACUCUUUUGAAGAAUUAUGAAAAGGAAAACAUCGAUGGGGAGGACACAACAAAUGGUGAAAAUAUUAAUGGAAAUAUUAAUGGAAAUAUAAAUGGAAAUAUUAAUGGAAAUAUUAAUGAAAAUAUUAAUGAAAAUAUUAAUGGAAAUAUUAAUGGAAAUAUACAUGAAAAUGUUAUUAAGGACGAUCUUAAAGGAAACCAUAUGUUAAAUACACAUAACAGCAUAAAAUAUAAAAUUGAAGGAAAUCAUAAUGACAUGGAAAAAGAAAAAAAAAAACAAAAAUGUUUUGAAAACAAAAUGGUUAACACUAAAGAUUAUAAAGAUAAUAAUGUAAAUAAAAAAGAAGAGAUAUUAAGCAAAGAAGAAAAACAAAUAGUACAAAAUUUUAAAAAUGAAAAAAAAAGAGAACUUAUGCUCUUAAGUCAAAUGAAAGAAAUUAUUAAAGAGGUUGAUGAUCAAUGUAAAAAUUAUGAUACAAAUACUGAUGAAGAAAAUCAAAAGAAAGAACAAAAAUUAGAAUCAUUGUUAGAAAAUUUUACGAAAUUAGAUAAAAAUUUUUUAAAAGGAUUCUUCUCAGAUGAAGAAAUAAAUAAUAUAGAAAAUACAAUGAAAAAUGCAGUUGAACAAAAAAAUAAAAUACAAAGUGGAGAAAUUAAUAUUGAUGAUAAAAAUUUAAAAGGAUACCCUAUGGGUCCAUUACAAAAUAGUUAUAUGAAUAAUUUGGAUAUAUAUAACUUAACAAAAGAAUAUUUUGGUGACACUCAAAAUAAUAAUGAACAUAUUGAAAAUAAAUUGGAUAAUGAUCAAAAUAAUUUAUUCGAUGAAUCAUCUGAGGAUUCAUCCAGAGGUCUAGACGCAAGUUAA